AUGCUGCGGAUCCGCCUCUUUGAGCAGCGGUGCGUGGAGCUCUUUGACCGCAAGUUUGUCAAGGGCACCGCGCAUUCUUGCGAGGGGCAGGAGGCGACCGCCGUGGGAGUAUGUGGAGGAGGCCUGCUGACCGAGCGCGACUUUGUCCUCUCCCACCACCGCGGCCACGGCCAUGUGCUUGCAAAGGGCGCCGACAUGGGCCGCUGCCUGGCCGAGCUCGGCGGCCGCAGGGACGGCUACUGCGGCGGCAUGGGCGGCAGUAUGCACCUCGCCGACCUAUCGAAAGGUGUGCUGGGCGCGAACGGCGUCGUCGGCGCGAGUCUGGCGCUGGGGUGCGGUGCGGGACUCGCCGCCAAGUACGAGGGGAAGGGUCGCGUCGCCGUCGCUUUCUUUGGCGACGGCGCCUCCAACCAGGGCCUCUUUCACGAGGCGUCUUCACCAGCACCAGCGCCAAUGCCACCCUAG